CGUCUGCCAUUUUGGUUUUGUUCCCGUCUGCAGUCGCAAAGCCAGCAACGCAAUUACAUAGAGAGACUCUCAGCACAACGACAUAGUGACUCGACAGUAUACCGCAGACCCUCCUAAUCCCACACCGCGUUUCUUUUCUUUGUUCAAAUCGUCCAUAUUACAACCAUCGAUUUUACUGACAUCUAGAUACUGCGGGAGAGGAGCGGGUUCGCAUUGGGAAGGGACCGAGAAGGAUUAUUGAUGUCCAGCUCGCCGCUGUCCAAGAAGCGUCGCUUGUCAGGAACAGAGACGAAGACGGGAUCCCAUUGCUCCUCCUCUAACUCUGUCAGAACUGAUCUGUCCCACACACCUGCCAACGGCAUGGCUAAGAAUGGCAAUGAUGCUGAGAUCGAUGAAGGCCUGUACUCCAGACAACUUUACGUGUUGGGCCAUGAUGCGAUGAAGCGCAUGCAGAACUCCAAUGUCCUUAUCUCUGGUAUGAGAGGUCUUGGAGUAGAGAUUGCCAAGAACGUAAUCCUUGCUGGAGUCAGGAGUGUCACUGUGCACGACCAAGGAAUCGCAGAAUGGAGAGACCUCUCCUCUCAGUUUUACCUGCGGGAGGCAGACCUUGGGAAGAACAGGGCAGAGGUGAGUCAGCACCGUUUGGCUGAACUCAACAACUACGUUCCUGUGACUGCACACACCGAGACGCUCACUGAAGACUUCAUGAGCGAUUUCCAGGUGAUAGUGCUGACUAACUCAAAUAUAGAAGAGCGGCAGCAACUAGGCGAGUUCUGCCACAGCAAAGGAAUCAAGCUGGUCAUUGCUGACACGCGUGGUCUGUUUGGCCAACUUUUCUGCGACUUUGGGGAGGAGAUGUUGGUGUUUGACACCAAUGGAGAGCAGCCGCUUAGCGCCAUGAUUUCCAUGAUCACCAAGGACAAUCAAGGGGUUGUGACAUGUCUGGAUGAGGCUCGUCAUGGCUUCGAAAGUGGAGACUACGUCACCUUCACUGAGGUUCAGGGUAUGACAGAGCUGAACGGCUGCCAGCCAGUGGAAAUUAAAGUUCUGGGUCCCUACACCUUCAGCAUCUGUGACACAACUGGCUUUACAGAUUACGUAAGAGGAGGAAUUGUCUCCCAGGUCAAGAUGCCCAAGAAGAUUGCUUUUAAAUCCAUCUCUUCUUCCAUGGCAGAGCCAGAGUUUGUGCUGACAGACUUUGCCAAGUUUGAUCGUCCAGGACAGCUUCAUGUUGGCUUCCAGGCUAUCAAUGCCUUCCAGAAGAAACACAACCACCUUCCUGCACCUUGGAACCAGGCUGAUGGUGAGGAGUUCUUGACAUUAGCCAAGGAGGUAAACUCUGCCCAGGCGGGGUCAGCUAAAGUGGAGCAGCUGGAUGAAGCUCUUAUGAAAAAGCUGUCGUAUGUUUCUGCUGGUGACCUGGCCCCUCUCAAUGCCUUCAUUGGAGGUCUGGCUGCACAGGAAGUGAUGAAGGCUUGCACAGGAAAGUUUAUGCCUAUAAUGCAGUGGCUGUACUUUGAUGCCCUGGAGUGCCUGGAUGAAGAGGAAGGAGUGGAGCUCACAGAGGAAGAGUGUGCCCCCAGGAACUGCCGAUACGACGGGCAGAUUGCCGUGUUCGGCACCAAGCUGCAGGAGCUGCUUGGCAAACAGCGCUACUUUCUGGUUGGAGCCGGUGCCAUUGGCUGUGAGCUGUUGAAAAACUUUGCCAUGAUUGGACUGGCAGGCGGUGAGGGCGAGGUCAUUGUGACGGACAUGGACACCAUUGAGAAGUCCAACCUCAACAGGCAGUUCCUCUUCAGACCCUCCGACGUCACGAAAAUGAAGAGUGACACAGCUGCUGCUGCGGUGAAGCAGAUGAACCCCUCCAUCAGGAUCACAGGUCACCAGAACAGAGUGGGCCCCGACACAGAGAGGGUCUACGACGACGACUUCUUUGAGAGCCUCGACGGCGUGACAAAUGCACUGGACAAUGUUGACGCACGUAUGUACAUGGAUCGGAGGUGUGUGUACUACCGCAAACCCUUACUGGAGUCCGGUACUCUGGGUACCAAAGGCAAUGUGCAGGUUGUGAUCCCCUUCCUCACAGAGUCGUACAGCUCCAGCCAAGACCCCCCUGAGAAGUCCAUCCCCAUCUGCACCCUCAAGAACUUCCCAAAUGCCAUUGAACACACACUGCAGUGGGCCCGCGAUGAGUUCGAGGGACUAUUCAAACAGCCAGCGGAGAAUUCCAUACAGUACCUCUCAGAUCCUAAGUUCAUGGAGCGCACUCUGAAGCUCCCCGGAGCCCAGCCUGUGGAGGUGCUGGAGGCUGUUUACAAGAGUCUCGUCACAGACUGUCCCCACAGCUGGGCCGACUGCGUAGCCUGGGCCCGCAACCACUGGCAGUGCCAAUACAGCAACAACAUCCGCCAGCUACUGCACAACUUCCCCCCCGAGCAGCUCACCAGCUCUGGUGCCCCCUUCUGGUCUGGCCCCAAGAGGUGUCCUCACGCCCUAGACUUCAGCACUAGCAAUGAGCUGCACGUGGACUAUGUCGUGGCAGCAGCCAACCUGUUUGCCCAGUCAUACGGCUUGAAAGGCAGCGCAGAUCGUGCUGGUGUGAUCAAGAUCCUGCAGGACGUCAAGGUGGCCCCCUUCACCCCGCGUUCAGGGGUUAAAAUCCACGUCUCUGAUCAGGAGCUGCAGAAUAGCAAUUCCUCUGUUGGUAAGAUACACAAAUAUGACUCCAGACUGGAUGAGCUGAAGGUACAGCUGCCUUCCCCCGAGUCUUCCACAUUCAAACUGUGCGCCGUUGACUUUGAGAAGGAUGAUGACACCAACUUCCACAUGGACUUCAUCGUCGCAUCAUCCAACCUGAGAGCAGAGAACUACGACAUUCCCCCUGCAGACAGACACAAGAGCAAGCUGAUCGCUGGCAAGAUCAUUCCUGCCAUCGCCACCACCACGGCAGCAGUGGUCGGCCUGGUGUGCCUCGAGCUCAUCAAGAUUGUCCGAGGACACAAGAAGCUGGAAUCGUUCAAGAACGGCUUCAUGAACCUCGCUCUGCCUUUCUUCGCCUUCUCCGAGCCCAUCGCUGCUCCCUCACACAAGUACUACGAAAUUGAUUGGACGUUGUGGGAUCGCUUUGAGGUCACAGGAGUGCAGCCCAACGGGGAGGAGAUGACACUCCGACAGUUCCUGGAUUACUUUAAAAAUGAGCAUAAGUUGGAGAUCACCAUGCUUUCUCAGGGAGUGUCCAUGCUAUAUUCCUUCUUCAUGCCUGCUGCCAAACUCAAAGAGAGACUGGACCUGCCGAUGACGGAGAUUGUCACGAAGGUGUCCAAAAAGAAACUGGGCAAGCAUGUGAAAGCCCUUGUGUUUGAGCUGUGCUGCAACGAUCUCUCAGACGAAGACGUGGAAGUGCCCUAUGUCAGAUACACCAUCCGCUGAGCGCCACACUGAACCCACCCACAGGAGGGUGGUGGUUGCAGGGGGGCGAAAGGGGUGGGUAUUCUAAGUGAGGAGGGGAUUCGGGGGAUGGGUGGUUGAUCCAGGUCAGCUCUAUUGGAUCAAUCGGUUUGUUUUUUUGGGCCUGUGGUUUGUGUAAACCUGUGCCUGAGUGUACAUAGCCCCAGUAAGCUGAUUUAUGGAUACUUGUUUGUGUGUUAGGGAUCCACUUGUUGCUCGGCUGCGGGAUGAGGGGUGUCUCGGAGGAAGGGAGCAUGUAUACUGGACCUUUUUGAUGUUUCUCAGUAGCAGAACCUCUCCGCUCAGUCUAAUUCUAAGCCUUAGUGUUCUCUUGGUACUCCAUAGCCCAGCUAGUGUCCCUGUGAAACAUCCUCAAACUCUUUACUGACCUUCAGCACUAAAGGAGGGAUCUUUUUAAUCCAGCCCACUGAACCCCCCCUCCACUCUACUUGCUCUCUUCCUUCCUCAAAUCCCUGUCUUGUAGACCUGGUCCCAGGUUUCGGUUUUGUUCUUUUUAAAGAUGCACCUCAUUAAAUAAAAGUUCAGCCAAGAAUUUCCAAAAUAGCAAUGUGUAUUGAGAAUCCAUAUCCCCCCUGACCAUAUCACUGCCCUUAGUUCUAACCGAGACCCUUAAUUUGAAACCGUAGAAGCACCUGAAGACACGGCUAAACCUGAGUCGACAGCCUCUCCUGACUGGAAAAUAAUCUGAGUAUCUUGAGUCGGCAGAAUAGGAACCCUUGCCGUUUAAGGCGCUCCUACACCACCUCAUCUAGCACUCUGAGGCUCUUGCACACGACAUCAGUUUUCUCUUUUUUCUCUUUAUAUUUCAUGUGUUGUGUUCAUUUCUAUUUUAUUUUUUGGGGAGGGGGGGAUGACAGCGUUUUGGCGCAAACACCUUGUUGAUCAUAAAUUGUCUUCUUUCUACUUUGUUAACUCCAAAAGACAUUACAGUAUCAGAGCAAGGCAAUGAAAUGUAUCUUGAAAUGGGAGCACUUAGUGUGAUAGUGAAUAAACAUGUAAAAAAAAAAUCUGGAUCUCUGGUUGUUUGACUUUUUUUCGAAGGUUUUAGUAAAAAAUGCAAUUAUUUUUCUGAUUAAAUGUCACUUGUGGUCUUUCACUUUAAUCAAACAAGCAUGAGAAGUGUCGAUGUGGUGUUCCUGUGUGACUUGCUUCUGGCUCGUUUAUCAGAAGUUUCACUAUAGGUAAUAUCCGGGAAGCACUGCCUGUAUCAGCGGAAUCACUACCAGUGAAUUUUAAAUAAAAAAACCCUUGUCAUA